AUGGAGAUGAAGAAGAGGGAAUGUGAGAGAGAAACCAAGGAGGAAGAGCAACACAAGGAGGAUAGCAUACACACUAUUGUGUUCACAGCAGGUACAUUUCUUCUUAUGGUGUGUCUAAAGCACUUUCUAGUUGAGCAAUGGCGUGCUUGGGUGUUCCUUAUCCUCAAUGUCAUUCUAUUAGCCAUUCUAUUCAUGUCUAUGAGGCCAUGCUAUUGGGAUAGAAGUGAAGGCAAUGUUGAAGAAGUAAAGAGUGAGAACAAAGAGAAGAGAAGCUCAAGAGGGUGUUCCAAAGAAAUUGAAGAAGGAAAAAAAUGCUACAAAAAACAAUGUUGGACUAGUAGUAGUAGUACUCAUGUUGAUGUUGAUGUUCAUGUUGAGAAUGAGAUAGAAGAGGACGAGGAAGAGGAGGAGCAGGUUCCACUUCUUUCCAAGGAGGAAUUGAAUGAGAGAGUAGAAGCUUUCAUAGCCAUGUUCAGACAGCAUUUGAUCAAGGAUGUCAAACAAGCUGAAAAUUUCAGGCCACAUAAGAUUGAAGUGCCUUGCUGUUGA